GCAACAAGCCCUCAAUUGUGGCUUCUCAAGGACAUACAUCAGAAAUCAAAUCUUCUCUAAGUACACCAUCGACGGAAGUAGACGUAAUAGCUAGUAGCGACGUGGAAAGAUUAACACCAUCUAGUAGCAGCAUCCCGACAAUACUUAACUACUAGGCCACAGACAUUUGCAUUUCUUGCGAAGUUCUUGGCGGCACAAACACAAAGCAACGUUUUAGUCGUGAGCAGAUGAACAAUUGAAGAUACUGUAGGCCACGUGGCGAUAUGGUUGUUCGUUCUUUAUUCUCAUCUUCGGCGAAGAAAUUUCCACUUCGCAAUUGACAAUUUUUUCUUGUCCAACUCCGGCAUCGAAGAUCUUGGCGGCACCGAAAGUCCCUGACUUUCUUGGGCGAUGAAAGCGGAGUAACUACACGCACAACCACGUUGAUAGAAGAAGUACCAGCGUCGUGUGCCUGUCGUUCUUCUUACACAUCCUUCAUCAAAUAAUUUGGUUUGCUGACCAGCGUCGGGAGCGGGGCCAGGCACCGGCACCGACGUGGUAGUGUGACGGCCUAUUUUGAUAUCCUCGGAGCAAAAAUUGCACCGUCUUCAUAUAUACUACGCCAGGUAGUAAGUAGAGGAAUCCUUUAGAAGCACCACACAUCAACAAUUUUCAGCGCCAGGGCUCCGCCUCGCGGCUUCAAGUGCUGUUGCGUGAAAAACAGCGAACUUGCUCGUGCUGUGACGAGACCAUGGCCGCGAGAGAAGAAGUCCCGGAUACUUCGCUUUCCGGCGACGGAGGGGGGGAUGGCGAACGUGAGCAGGAAGGCGAACGCGGCGAGGACCAAGAGAUGCCUCCGGCGGAAGGGGAUCAGCAAGAACUACAUGCGGGAAUAGCGCCGCAACAGGACGGCCCCAAUCGAAGUUGGAUCGACAACACGUGUCUCCUCGAUGCCUCUGAUGGUACAAGUUUUUUACACUAAAAUUCCUUACCGCGUUGCUUUCAGAACUCUGAUGUGUGCAUGUUUGCUUUUGAUACUUAUGCAUGCGUUGUACUUGCGCACGUGGCAUUAAACGUACUUCGAAAUGCUCACGAAAAUUGAAAGAAUUUUCCACGACUUUGACAGACGAAGAUGAAGAGUCCGCUGCUUGCGGUCCAGGGGGAGAGGAAAACGGUAAGGAUGCGAAGAACCCUGAUCUUGGUAGAACUGUAGUCAAGCAGGAGGACAAAAACAGCGACGAUAAAACUAUUGGCAAUGUUGAAAAUGCUGAAAAGAACAACGCGAGUAGUAGUUGUCCGCACUUGAUUUCUUCCACCACGGUGGAGCAGGAAGACGCCCCGCCGCAGCUGUACCUGCCCCAAGUGACGGACUUCCUUGAGAAUCGUGCGUCUGGAGAUGGUUCUUGUCCGAGCCGGGGGGAAAUCGUGCUGAACCAGGGUCGUGGUGGUGCAACCGCAAAUGGCAGCAAUUCCUUGUACUACUCCACUAACGCGCAGCAAACCUCUUUCCUGCAAACCCCGGCCCUGGGUGUGGUCGAGCCGAUGUCGCCACCGGACGACGCAAUGAAUGGGUUGGGCGGGGGUACUAGCAGUAAAAAUCUGAAGGAAAACUACGAACUUUCCACUCCGAACGGAAGCCCGAACAGCUCCAUUUCAUCUUUCAGCGGUAAGAAUAAAGUUCAGCAUGAUGAGCGGGGUCAUCGGCAGCAAAAAUUCAAUGCCGCUUCGAGCGCCGGGAACAAACAAGGUGGCGGCGAAGACAAAAACGAUCAUAGCGGGAGAUCCUCGAGUAGUUCAUCCGGUAGCGAUGAAGAAAGUUCCUCACGGUCGUCGUCAUCCGGUUCGCGACGAAGUAGAGGAUCCUCGUCAUCGAGUUCGUCAGUUAGUAAGGGGAAAAAGGAGAAAAAGCGGCGGCGGAAGAGCAAGAGCAGUGCGUCAUCCAAGUCUUCUUCGUCCAGUCGGAGUUCCUCCUCGCAGAAGUCCCCCUCCAAGGAUCCCCGUGCCAAGAAAUCCGCCACGAUUUGUUCCAAGCGGGACAAGAAACGAGACCGGAAAGAAAAGGAGCGGAAGAACAAUAAUAAAGCCUCUACAACUCAUGGUACCGCGAGCGGCAGAAACCGCCACAACAAGCGGAAUAAGAAGGAGAAAAAG